AUGGCCACAUGCUGUGCGCUCCUGAAGAGGCUGUGCACGACCCUACACAGCUUGGCUUUAGUGUCUUUCAGGAUCAGCAGAGUGAAUUCCUUGCUGGAAGCACGGCUGGAAGCACAUCCUGGCUGGCUCCUGGUGUGCCACGGGCCCUGGCAUCCCUCCCUGGGCACCCGGCUCUGCCGGCAGCUCGGGUACCUCAGGAGCAGCCAGCAGAAGGGGGUGAAGCUGGCCGAUGUCCCGGUGGGUGCUGGGCAGCAGUUCCUGCAGGUGACAGCCGGGCAGGAAGGCAGCCUGGAGGACACGUGGCAGGUCAGGAGCAGCUGCCAGUCCGGUCGAAUUGUGGCUCUGCAGUGCUCAGAGUGUGGGCUGCAGGCGGGGGCCCUGAGGGUGGUGGGGGGCACAGACGUGUCCCCCGGGCGCUGGCCCUGGCAGGUCAGUGUGUGCCAGGGCUCCCAGCACCGCUGUGGGGGCUCCGUGCUGGCCCCCGAGUGGAUCCUCACAGCAGCUCACUGUGUGCACAGGCAGCUGCCAGCCCCAGCCUGGCAGGUUUUUGCGGGCAUUGUCACCCAGGGCUGGCUGAAGCCCGAGGCGGGGGUGCCCGUCCGGGACAUCUUUCUGCACCCGCUCUACAACGAGAGCAGCCUCGACUACGACAUGGCCCUGAUGAGGCUCCGAGUGCCCCUCAAUUUCUCAGUGUCCCUGUCCCCAGCACAGGUGGCCGGGACGCUGAAGGAGGCCCUGGUGCCCCUGAUCGGCACCCGGAGGUGCAACAGCUCCUGCGGGUACAGGGGUGAGCUGACGGCCAGGAUGCUCUGUGCAGGACACCUGCAGGGCCGUGUGGACGCCUGCCAGGGGGACAGCGGGGGCCCGCUGGUGUGCUGGGAUGGGUCCAUGUGGCGCCUGGUGGGAAUUGUCAGCUGGGGCCGGGGCUGUGCUGAGCCCAACCACCCCGGGGUCUACACCAACGUGGCUCAGCUGCUGCCCUGGAUCCACCAGGUCACCCAGAUCCACUAGAAAUGAGGCAAGGACAGACUCCACACAGCAACACUGCCCUUCCCACAAGUGAAGAACAGCCCAGGACCGGCUCCUCCCGACUCUCUGUAACCCAAACAGACUCCCAGAUGUGCUCAGUAUAAAUAGUUUAUUAAAGAAAAUAGCAAAUUACAAUUCUGUGAACAAUCAACAGGAGAGAAGUGUUUUUCAAAAUAGGUGUUUUUUGGAUGACUGUGUUUGAAGGGGCAGGGGAUCCCAUGAGAUGUCAGUGUUCUGGGAACAGAGGGGGAAAAACAAAAACAGAGGGGUUCUGCAAGGACUGCAGUGACAUGAGAGCCUCUGCCCCUGCAGAAAUGCCUGGAAAUGGGAACAGGAGUGGGACAAAAGUGCCAAUGACAAGGAGACAACAGAAUAAAACAUUAAACUCUGUGACUGAAACUCUUCUAAGCACUACAGGGUAGGAAGGACUUUGCUCCAUGUGUGCAGCACCUUGGUCUCUGGGCUAAGUUCAGUGAAUGCUCUCACUGAGUUUUUCAAUUAAAAUAAAUGUACAAUAACCCAAGUGUCAAACAUAGCCUUUUGUGACUUCAUGCUGUGAGUGCACCUUUCAUUCCCUUUUUAUUUUGGUUUACAUUUCUCUCAUCAUCCCUGAAGGACAGAAAACACAACAGCAGAAAGACACCAGAGUUACACAGGUCACACCCAAGAGAAACCUAAAGGAAGGAGCUGAACUGCCUUCUACAGCUGGGAAAGUGACAAUGGAAAGUUCUAAAUCAGUUUGAAGAUAUUUUCUAUGAAAAAUAAGAGAAUUUUCAUACUUGUGAGAAAUCCUGUGACCUGAUCAAUGGUUCAUUCAGCACAGGAUCUCCUUCCCCCACAUCCCUCUCUAAAGUGUCUCUCCCUUGAGGUCUGCUCCUCAGGGGAAGCUGAGGUGGGAAAGUCUGGCACUUCUUGGAGGGAUAUCAAAAGCUCUCCAAGUCUGUGGGCUCCACGUAUGGUUUGAGGGACAGAAGAGGUCACAGAGGGGCUGCAGGUCCCCUGAUGUUGAACUGCAUAGAAGAGUCCCAGCUGAGCACUGCAAACGCCCAGCCUGAGAUGAGGUUACACAAACACCGAGCCAGGAAAUGCUCCUUCCCCCCAGCCAAGCUCCAGGGAGCACCUCCCCAGUCCCAAAGUUUUUCAGACCAGUACAAGAAAGGUGAAAUUAAAAAAAAAAA